CGGAGACGGGGUUCACGCCGAGAUUGACCACAAACAAAACAGCGAGAAGUUGGAAACAUUCGCAAGGAUUGGACGAUGUUUCUAAUUGACUUACUAAUCAACGGGAUUCAACCAAUCACAUGAGACCAGACGAUAGUCGGACCGACUAAAGACCCGCGCUGCCUCAGGCCAGAAACUCGGUCAUACUUCGUAGAGCCGGCAGGGCAGCAGGAACCGUAAUCAAUAAUGCUGCGGUCCUGCCCCCUCGCCCGGGUCCUGUGGGCAAGCGUGAGACCAGUCACUCCAAUUAGGCCCUUCUCUCUGUCCGCGUUUUCUCUCGGCUCAAAACCCCUUCCUUCUCGGUUAAAGAUCGAGGAUGCCGAUCUGACCGUGUCAUACCUCAAGGGUUCCGGCCCUGGCGGUCAGAAAAUUAACAAAACAAAUUCCGCCGUCCAGUUGAUUCAUAAGCCCACUGGCAUUGUGGUCAAGUCGCAGGCGACUCGCUCGCGCUCCCAAAAUGAGAAGAUUGCGCGCCAACUUCUGGCCGACAGGGUGGAGCAGCUGCAGAGCGGGGAUCAGAGCCGACUGUCUCUCAAGGCCGAGCAGGCGCGGAAGAAGAAGGCCAGUAAGGUAAAGAAAGCUCGCAGGAAAUACCGCGAGUUGGCAGACCCGCAGGAGGAAGGCGAAGGUGCCGAUAAGGAACACCAUCACGACAAGUCGAAGUCGGAUGGGGAAGAGGCGCCUUCCAAUCACUCUUAAAAAGGCCCGAAUCUUCGUCGUCUCUGCAUCAAAACUUGGAACUUAAGAACAUCCACCUAUGGCGUCUUAAAGGUGCGAUGAAUGAAGAUUUAGUGUAAAAUAGAUUAUCUUGUACAUAACACGGAAUUGGACAUUUCAAUGUCAUCUAAGCAAGGUUCAUAAGGA